AUGGGCGGACGGUCUGAAGCAGAAACAUAUCGGCGAAAGGUAGCAGCGGUGCAGCGGAGAGGCGCUCUCAGGGUUGCCUGCGCAUACCGCACCGUCUCCGAAGCAGCAGUACUGGUAAUUGCAGGAGCUGCGCCUAUCGACUUAUUGGCGUUUGAGAGAGCCAAGCUCUACGACGCUAAAGAAAAUUUUGACAACUCCACGGAGGCAAAAAACAAGAAUAAAAAACGAGACGCACCAAGAGUGGCAGAGCCGAUGGACGUGGGGGGAGACAGGCGAUGGACGGAGCGCCUCAUUCCGAACAUCGAUGUCUGGGUCUCUCUCGGAAGCACCGGCGACACGGAUUUCUUCCUGACCCAGUUAUUGACGGGACAAACAGGCAGUUCUAAUGCUUAUCUUUUCAAGAUGGUAGUUAGCAGGCCUGCACACCAACACCGACGUGCAAAUACUGCCUGA